AUGGAGAGGAAGAAUGUUGCUAAGCUGCAAGGGUUGGGCGCUGAGCCCACGAUGCAUCAUUCGGCCGCCCAGUUUUUCCUCACAUUGCCUCUCCCCGAAACCCAGGGCCACAGUGAAUUUGUCUCACUUCCCCAAAGAUUCUACGCCUCGGCCCGCAUCGAGGUGACCAAAGGGGUAAAACUCGCCGCAGUUGCCUUCAACACCGCUUUGGGGGGCGUACGCAGAAAGGGCGAAAUGGCGCUUCUUGGAGAGGGCCGGAGUUGGUGGAGGGAUAUUGGUGGAUGGUGGAAGACAUUUGCUUGGAGUCUCGGUGGUGUUGAUUUUGCUCUACCGCUCUCGCGAUGUCACAAGGAUUCUCUCUGGACUGACGUGCACUCUAAUGGCACUCUCCGCUCCGCGUUUCCAAUCAACCUUUGGUUCCAGCAACGGCUCAACAACGCUCUUGAGAGAGACGUUGAGCCUUCGAAAGACGGAAAGACGGAUGGAGUGGAUCUUGUAGGAUUCGUCCACGCUGAGCCGGCACUGGGCGUAGACGCGUCUUUGAGGGUUGUGUGGAGAAAGAGCUCGUGGGCUGAGCAGGCUCAAUGA